AUGAAGACGCUUCAGUAUCAUCUCUAUACAUCCCUCUUCGUGGGGAGCUCCCUCGCAGCUCGCGGAGGCCACUGUCCACCACUCGGCCCUGUCCUCCCUGCACCUGUCAACCCCUCCACCCAUUCUUCCGUCAAGGUAGCAGUAGCUGCUAUCCAAGCAAGACUUGAAGAAGAGACGGCUCCCUUCAAUCUGUCUUCCAUAGCAGUCGCCAUCAAAUCAACCUACGAAGAUGACUACCUACUCGAAUUUGCCAGUACGCCUCCAAAGGUUGACCCUCGUGGAGUCGAUAAAGUAGACCCCGAUACUAUCUUCCGCUUGGCCAGUCUAUCAAAAGUCUUUCCUGUGCUGGCCUUGUUGAGACUUCACAAAGUUGAUCUUGAUGAUGCUGUUACGAAAUACGUACCUGAGCUUCGUGCGUUGAACCAACAAGCUCGAAAGCAAGAUGCUGUCUGGGCGGUUGACUGGGAUCAAGUCACCAUUGGGGCAUUGGCGUCUCAUAUCGGCGGAAUACCAGCUGACUUGGUGACUGAUGUCGAGCCUUACGGGGAUUGGACAAAACUCGGCUAUCCGCCACCUGAUCCAUCCAGAAGUCUUAACUGCUCUGGUCUCUUGGGUAUCCCAGAGUGCACCAAAAAAGAUUUCUUCGAAAGAUUCGGCGAGAGGCCCCCUGUUUACGCGCCAUACGCCGUGAACCCAGUUUACUCAAACGUAGGGUUCGCUAUAAUGGGAUGGGUGAUUGAAAAGGUCAGCGGUAUGCCAUCUGGAGAGUUUAUCAAGAAAGAUAUCUGGGACCCCACUGGAAUGAAGAACACCUUCUACAAGAAACCCGAUGACUCUUUAGGAUUCAUCCCCGUUGAUGAUGAGUGGUGGAAUGCAACCCUUGGCUAUGGUGAUCCAGCCGGAGAAUAUUAUUCCUCCCUCAAUGAUAUAAUGGCUUUUGGGGAUGCUAUCCUUAAGAACAAGCUUCUCAGUCCCGCUGAAACAAGAAAGUGGCUGAAGCCUGCUACAAGCACUUCAUCAAGAGGAAUCUUGCUUGGAGAGCCUUGGGAGAUAUUCCGUGCAGACAAUGUGACCAAAGACGGCCGCCUCAUUGAGUUCUACACUAAAGCCGGUGAUAUCACCACAUAUCACUCCCUCAUGGUGCUGAUCCCAGACUACAGCCUCAUCAUCACCCUUCUCAACGCUGGUCCUGAAGUCACAGGUGGUCUUCUCCAAACCCUCUUCACAGAUAUUGCAAAGGAACUCCUCCCUGCUGUGGAAGAAGCUGGCAAGGAUGAAGCAGCCAAGAUCUAUGGUGGCACAUACAGCGAUGACAAGACGAACUCGACCCUUACUCUCUCUGUCGAUGAUGAGCCUGGUUUUCAUAUCACGAACUGGACAGUCAGAGGCAUUGAUAUUGCAGGCACAUAUCUCAGCAUCGGGCUACCACCAACAUUUCCAACGCCCCCUGGAGAAGUCCGCUUCCGCUUGUACCCUACUGGUCUGCAGAGUGAUACAGAGACAUCUUGGCGAAUGAUGUUCACUGCUGGGUCAGAAGAGGAUAAUGAGAAAGCGAAUGCGCUCUUGGCCUGGCCUGAUGGGAACUGUAACACUUGGGCGUCUUUGGAUCGUAUUGUGUAUCAGCUUUUGUCUCACGAUCAUUUUGUGUUUACAGAGUCUGGAGAGGGCAGUGAUAGGAAGGCUGAGAAGCUUGAGCUUGUGGGUUAUAGGGUUGAGUUGCAGAAGGAUGAUUGA